AUGCCGGCUCGCACCAAAGGCGGCGCACCGCCCAAACGGCAGCAUCAUGCAAAAGCCGAGGCGAAGUCUCUAAAAAGAAAACGGGAGCAGCAAGACAUACAAAAGCUGCAAGCCGCUGCUGACGAGUUUGACCCCAAGAACUCUCCAGUCAAGAACUUCACCGAUCUGCCUCUCUCCGAACCUACGUCCUCCGGCCUCCGUGCGUCGCACUUCGAAGAGCUCACCGAUAUCCAAGCGCGAGCAGUGCCACUGGCGCUCAAAGGCAAAGACAUCCUCGGUGCCGCGAAGACCGGCAGCGGAAAGACUCUAGCGUUCAUUAUUCCAGUCCUCGAAAAGCUGUUCCGUGCACAAUGGACCGAGUACGACGGCCUGGGCGCCCUCAUCAUCUCACCCACUCGCGAGCUGGCGGUGCAAAUCUUCGAGGUGCUGCGCAAAGUCGGACGGAACCAUACUUUCUCAGCAGGGCUGGUUAUAGGUGGCAAGAGUUUGCAAGAGGAGGCCCAGCGACUUGGCAGGAUGAACAUUUUGGUCUGCACGCCGGGACGCAUGUUGCAACAUCUCGACCAGACGGCAGGCUUUGACGUCGACAACUUGCAGAUCCUGGUGCUGGACGAGGCCGAUCGUAUCAUGGACAUGGGCUUCCAGUCAGCAGUCGAUGCACUCGUUGAUCAUCUACCCAAGGAAAGACAAACACUGCUUUUCAGCGCGACCCAAAGCAAGAGGGUUUCAGACUUGGCGAGGUUGAGUCUGAAGGAUCCGGAGUACGUCUCAGUCCACGAGGCCGCAGACUCGGCUACCCCAAGCACGCUCCAGCAGCACUAUAUUGUCACACCCCUUCACGAGAAGCUCGACACGCUCUACGGUUUCAUCAGGUCAAAUCUGAAGAGCAAGAUCAUUGUAUUCUUCUCUUCGGGCAAACAAGUACGCUUCGUGUACGAGACGUUCAGACAACUGCAGCCCGGUAUUCCACUAUUGCAUCUCCACGGCCGCCAAAAACAGCUCGCCCGGCUGGAGAUCACCAAGAGGUACACGACCGCGCGACACGCGUGCUUGUUCGCGACAGACGUUGUUGCCCGAGGCGUUGACUUCCCCGCCGUCGACUGGGUCAUCCAGGCCGACUGCCCCGAGGACGCAGACACGUACAUCCACCGAGUCGGCAGGACGGCUCGAUAUCAGAGCAAUGGCAGGGCGGUGCUCUUCCUGGACCCGAGCGAGGAAGAGGGCAUGCUGAAGAGGCUGGAGCAGAAGAAGGUGACUGUCCAGAAGGUGAACGUGAAGGAGAACAGGAAGAAGAGCAUCAUGAACCAGCUCCAGAGCAUGUGCUGGAAGCAACAUGACAUUAAAUAUCUGGGACAGAAGGCAUUCAUCAGUUACACGAGAUCUGUGCAUCUCCAGAGAGACAAGGAGGUCUUCAAGCUUGAUAAGCUGGACUUGGACGCUUUUGCGGCGAGCCUGGGUCUCCCGGGAACUCCGCAAAUCAAGUUCCAAAAGGGCGAGGACAUCAAAAAGCUCAAGAACGCAUCCAGGGCAGCCAUGUCUAGCGGCUCAGAAAGCGACGCUGACGAAGAAGGCGGAAAGAAGAAGAAGAAGGACGAAGUCCGCACCAAGGCGCAGAAGAUGUUUGAGCGCCAGAACCAGGACGUUUUGUCGAGCCAUUACAAGAAGCUCAUCGGUGACGAGGGCAACGCAGAUGACGAGGAAGCGGACUUCUUCUCAGCCAAGCGGGUGCUGAAUGACAAAGAGCUGGACGAGGCAGCGAAGACAAGAGCCGAUACGGGGACAAAGGUGAUCGACUUUGGCGGCGACCAGCAGCUAAUCAUUGACUCGAAACGGCGAGAAAAGCUGUUGAAGUCAAAGAAGCAACUUUUGAAAUUCAAGGGCCACGGCCAGAAACUUGUGUUCGACGACGAUGGCAAUGCACAUCCGAUCUACGAGCUUAUUGACGAGGAGCAAUUCAAGCAACAGGGACCUGUUGAGGAGUUGCGACAGAGAUUCGUGGACAUGGAGUCCGGCAGAGUCAAGGAGGCUGAUGUUGAAGACAAACAGCUUGCGAAGCAGAAGAGGAGAGAGAAGCGAGACAAGCGCAAGGCAAGAGAGGCCGAGGAACGGGGAUUGGCGAGACCACAGACAACAUCGCAGCUGGAGGGUGCUGAUGAGGGUGAAGAUCCAUUGGCUCUUCUGCGGUCACUACCAGUGGGCGACGAGGAGGAGGACAGUGAUCGCGAGGAUGAGCGGCCGAGGAAGAAGGCGAAGAAGUGGUUCCAGAAUGACUCGGACGUCGAGGAUGCGGCACCGAAGAAGAAGGGCAAGAAGAAGGUCAUUGAAGUCACCGAAGAGCCGGAUACACUAGAGGACCUCGAGGCAUUGGCCACGGGUCUUUUGGAUGACUGA